AUGACUCUGGCAAAUUCAGUAAAGAAAAGAUUAGGCAAUUUGCUUGAUUAUUUAAAUCAAAACGAUACCAAUGAACAACAACAGGAUACAGCUCUAGAUCACAAGAAGAAAUAUGAUGAAUAUCCUAAUACUGCUAUUAACAGCAAUAAUUCUCCAGUUCCAAACAAGAAAAAUAGGAGAUAUAGAUCAUACCCUGGUGGUAUUGCUACCAAUCCAGGUACAAAUAAUACCAAAUCCUACCGCAAAAAUGCAAAGAAGUAUACUAGGAUUAGAAAUAAUGGAGGCAUUUGGCAAAUUAUUAAAAAUUGUUUCACUGCUCAAGAACAAGAAUUAAAUGAUAUGAAAGAACAGUAUCAAGAGAAUAUGAACAAUAUACCAUCAAAUUCACUACGUACUUCCAGGUAUAAAAAAGAUUUGAAAACACGAGCACAAGUACAACGUAUUGCUAAAAGUGAAGCUUUUAAAAAAAUAUUAAUGGAAAAACAAUAUGAUCAAAGAAUGUUAAAGAAAUUAAAUGAAAUGAAUACUAGUGAAAAUAAGGGAUCAACACCGCCCGCUUUUCUGCUGGACAACAAAAGCAUGGAUCAGGAAACGAAUGAUAAAGAAAAAAUAAACCAAAGCAAUGACGAUGAGAUCUACGAUAUUAUGAAUAAAAGAAUAUUAUUUCUAGAAAAAGAGUUAGAGUUGACCAAAAAAAAAUUAAAGUUUUCUCAAGAAAAGGUAAAAUUAUUAGAGGGCUUGUUAGAUGAUGCCCAGUUAGAUAAUGAAAUGGUUAAAGCUAAACGUAAGAUUACUAAUUUACCUCAAGCUUUAACGGCAGAGCCGCUACCCGAUUUAUCCCCUACUAAAAAGAAAAAGCCCUUGUUUACAUCCAGUCCCACUAGAAAGAACCAUGAGCAACAAGAAGGUGGAGAUGGUAAUGAUAUCGAUUCUUAUAAAAAAAUAAUACCAGAGACACUGGAGAGUAAUAAUAACAUUGAUAAUAGGUUUGAUGUACGGGCAUUUCAAAGAUCAACAAACAAUAACAGGCUGUCAAGAUUUGAAGAAAGUGAUUUGGAUGAGAACGAUGAAAUCAAUAUUGCACACACACAUAUUGAGGGGAAUAAUAGAACUUCUCUAUCACCAAUUAGAAUUGAUUACUCUAAGUAUUCUUCUCCCCCUCCAAAUAAGUUUUAA